AUGUCAUGGCUCGUGGUCUUGUCCUGUGACGAGAUCGUGAGAACAGUCGAUCCUCUGGUAUGCCGGGCGGUGACCUCUCCGGUGGUGCUGGAUUUGCCUGCCGGAAUCUUCUCGCCGCCAAGCCUACCCCUUCAGGAGAUGAGUGCUUCGGACAAUCCGUCCGUCCACGUUUUUGACAUGCUGCCCCAUUACACAGGACACAUCGACUUCCGGGAGCUGGAGACAAA